AUGACGUCGACCAAGGGUGCGGACUACGAUGUCAUCGUGGUCGGCGCUGGCUUCAGUGGCAUUCGGUCACUGUGGGAAGUUGAUCAGAUCGGGCUGAGCGUGAAGUGCUUUGAGGCCGGAUCAGACGUCGGAGGCACCUGGUACUGGAAUUCUUAUCCUGGAGCACGAACCGACAGUGAAGCUUGGGUCUACCGGCUGAACUUCCUACCGGAGAUGAAGGACGAAUUCAAUUAUCAUGAACGCUACCCGAGCCAGCAGGAGGUUCAGGGCCAUUUAAAGCAUGUUGUUGAGCAUUUCAAUUUGCGCAAGUACAUUCAGUUUGAUACACGGAUCAACUCGGCGCAGUAUAGCGAGAGCCAAAACAUCUGGACCAUCACCACUGUCGAUGGCAAGUCGACGACCUGUCGCUACUUCCUCCCAGCGACGGGACCCUUGUCAAUUCCCAAAGACCCACCGUUUGCCGGACUCAAGUCGUACACUGGGGAGUGGUACCAGGCGGCGAAAUGGCCCAAGAAACCGAUCGAUUUCCAUGGAAAGCGCAUCGCUGUCAUCGGCACUGGCGCCACCGGAGUCCAGAUCAUCCCCAAGAUUGCUCCGGUGGCCAAGCAGUUGACUGUGUUCCAGCGAACACCAAACUACGUCCUUCCGGGCCGGAACUAUAUCAUCGAUGACCAUCAGUUGGCCGACAUCAAGCAGAACCACGAGGCCACUUGGAAUCAUGCCCGCACAAACAACUCCGGUCUGGCCAUGAAACUGCCGGGGAGGACGGUCCAGGGGGUGGCUGAUCCGGAGAAAAUCAGGCAGGUCCUGGACGCGGGCUGGGAGGCUGGCGGCUUUCACUUCCACUUCGAGACCUUUGACGAUCUCUUCACCAACCUAGACUCCAACGAGGUGGCGUCCGAGUACAUUCGUCAAAAGAUCCGCGCCGUCGUUGAGGACCCGGCGACGGCGGAACUCCUCUGCCCAAGAUAUCCCUAUCUGUCUAAACGGCCGCCCUGUGGACACUUCUACUACGAGGCUUUCAACCGGCCCAACGUCAAGCUGGUUGACAUCAGCCAGGACACCAUCGACCUUUAUGAAAAAGGGAUUCGCACCAGCUCGGGGGCUGAAUACGAAUUUGACAUGAUCAUUUUCGCCCUGGGCUUCGACGCCGGCACGGGCGCGUUGAGUGAAAUGGAAGUGAAAAACGCCCAGGGUGAGCUGUUACGCGACCGUUGGGCAGAGAGACUCGAAACCUUCGGCGGAGUCCUGGUUCCUGGAUUCCCCAACAUGUUCUUGAUCUGUGGGCCUCACGUGCCUUUUGGGAACAUGCCCGUGGUUUUGGAUAUCCAGGUCCAAUGGAUCGGCAAGACACUUCGUCACAUGGAGCAGCACCGACUGAACAAAAUCGACGUGUCCAAGGACGCGGUGACGAAAUGGUCUGCUCAAGUCGAGGAGGCAUUCAAGGGCACUUUGCUCGGGGAAUCCGCCAAAAAGGCCAAGGCCUGGUUCGUGGGCGCAAACAUAGAGGGCAAGGCUGACAAUGUUUUGUUCUAUUUCGGCGGAGUCCCUGCCUGGAGCUCCUGGCUGGAAAAUGAGAGCAAGACCGAUUGGGCCAGCAUGGAAUUUGGAUCGCCCACAGCCGCCGUCACUGACGAGGCAGAAAAGCCUAAGCUGGCGCCUGAGGCCAUUCCUGUGGCACCAGUGGCAUGA